CCAAAAGGACACAGCUACUAUCCCUAGUUACAUGCUACCCCACAUAUCAAAAUUCAAGGUUCGAUAUCGCAAACAUAAACGAAUUAAUCUGAAAUAACAAGUACCUGUCAUAAUAAGAAACAAAACAGAAACAAAACAGCAACUAAAUACUUUACAUCCCGCAAAACGCAAACCACACCUAACAUCACCAUACUCCCAACGGACCUAUUACGGGGGGUAGCUUCCACCAUGUCGCAUCCCCGAGUAGAAGAAGUAUCCGACAGCGAUCUCUCGGACCCUAGCGAGGGCGACAUUGAAGACUUCCUCGAAUCCGACAUCCUACGACAAAAAGCCCCCGCGGCCUCCUCCUCCUCCUCCUCCCGCGUCCCUCCCCCUCCCACCAGCAGCAGCGGUAGCGGCAGCGGCCCUUCUCUCCAACACCCCUCCUCCGCCCCGCAAGCCCAGCAGAUCCAAGCCAGCGACAUAAAGGACUACCAGAUGCUGUACCCGGUGUACUUCGACGCGACGCGCUCCCGCGCCGAGGGCCGCCGCGUGUCCAAGGCCCUCGCGGUCAAGAACCCGCUGGCGCGCGAGAUCGCCGCGGCCUGCGCGGCGCUGCGGCUGAGCCCCGUGUUCGAGGCGCACCGGGUGCACCCGAAGGACUGGGCGAACCCGGGGCGGGUGCGGGUAAAGCUCGCCAAGAGCACGGCGGCGACGGCGAACGUUAAGAACAAGCACCACCUGUACGUGCUCGUGGCGCGCCACCUCCAGGCGCACCCGACGACGGACCAGAGCGACGCCCUGCGCCGCGUGCGCGUCCCCGGGCUCGGCGCCCCCGCCGACGACGAGCCCUGGCCUCGCCCCGCCGUGCCCCGCGGCUGGAAGAUGGGCGAGCUGCUGCCGGCGUACAGCGCCGCGAUGACGGGCGGCGGGGUUAGCGAGAACGCGUUCAAGGACAUGAUGCGCGAGAUGCAAGGUGGUGGUGGUGGUGGUGGGGGUAUGGGCGGCGGCCCGGCCGAUAUGAUGAGUAUGCUUGGGCAGGGACUCGGAGGAUUUGGAGGACCGGGAGGUGCGGGGCCGAGUGGGAGCGAGGCGGGCGGAGGAGGUGGGAAGAAGGGCAAGAAAGGGAAGGGGAAAGCAUGAGUGAGUGAGUGAGUGAAUGAACUUUGAGGGGCUGGGGAGGGACAGGUCUGCGAGUACGAAGAAAUGAGAGAUGUUAUUACUCUUAAAGUUAGAAUAAGAAAGAAGCAAGAACUCUCAAGGAGUAGAAGUAGAAUUCCUAUCAUCAUGGAAUAUACUGUAUCUUUUAAUGAGCUAAUCUAUCUUUACUUUUCACUCGUUU